AUGGGGAGGAGAAAGAAAGUUGUUGGGGAGACGGGAGAUGCCUCCAAAGCAAAAUACAACUUCUGUGAUACAGCUCAUGAUGGUCCCUUCCUGGAAUGUUUGCUGGAGCUGACAGAGAGUGGAUUCAUCACCAAUGGAACUUGCAAGAACGGUGUGUUUAAGCAGAUACAAAAGAUGAUGGAGAAGAAAGUGCCCGAAUGUGGUCUAAAAGCAAAGCGUACGAUUCAGAAUAGGUACAAGAAGCUGAAACACUGGUUUCAUUCGACCGUCAUGAUGCGUGGGCUUAGCGGAUUUGGUUGGGAUCCGGUGCAAGAAUGUAUAAAUGCAGACAAGGCAGUUUGGGACAUAUUCAUUGCGGUAUGUCUUGUCAUUUAUGUUUUGAUUUUGUUUCAGAUUGAAUGUACGCAAACUCCAUAG